AUGGAUAAAGGACUCGAAAACCCCCGAAUCGUUGUGGUUGGUGCAGGCAUCGCAGGGAUUUCCGUGGCUGUUGCCUUGCGAAAUGAGCUCAAGUUUGACAACUUCACGAUUUACGAAAAGGCUUCAUCUAUCGGCGGUACAUGGAGGGGCUGCGGUUCAGACGUUCCCGGACAUUGGUACUCCCUUUCUACGGAACUCAAUCCCCACUGGGACAGCUAUUACAUAUCUCAACCAGAAAUACGUGCAUAUUGGGAACGCAUCUUCCAAAAGCAUGGCCUCCUUGCGCAUACCGUCUUUAAUACACAUGUCAAAGUGGUGAAGUGGGAUGCAGAAUCACGAGUGCAUAACCUUACUUUAGUGGACCCAACAACUGGCGAAGAAACGACCACAAGCGCUGAGAUUGUCAUCCAGGCCGUGGGUGGCUUUACCGCCCCCCUUUUCCCACCGGAUUUGCCUGGCGUCGAGAAAUUCAGAGGGCCACUCUGGCACUCUUUGAAGUGGAGACAUGAUGUCGACUUGGCAGGAAAACGAGUGGGCGUGAUUGGAAACGGCUGCUCUGCAGCACAGUUUAUACCUCAAAUCUCGGAAGAUCCGUCUGUUGAGGUAAUCAAUUUCUGUCGAACGGCGCAGUGGAUGACACCGAGGCAACAAUAUCGUUACCCCGCAAUUAUCAAAUGGGUUUUUGCGCAUAUCCCCUUUUUGAUGCGGGCAUAUAGAAACACCAUCAUGGCAAAGUUAAUGACAAAAUAUAUGAAAGAUACAGCCCCUGCCAAAUACCACGAUAGGUUGAUACCAAGCUACUCGCCCGGAUGUAAGAGGAUCAUCGUGGACCCUAGCUACCUCUCUGCCCUUCAUCGACCCAAUGUAGACUUGAACUGGGAGAGCAUCCAAGAAAUCGCUGAAGAUGGAGUCAUUCUGAAGAAUGGGCAAGCGAUACCCUUGGAUGUCAUUAUAUUCGGAACCGGCUUCCUAAUAGUGCCCACAGACAUUUCAGUUCAAGGGCCAAACGGGCAUACACUCCACGAUUAUUUUGACUCCCAUGGCGGCCCGACAGCAUAUCUAGGCACAGUCUACCCUGGGCUCCCGAAUUACUUUACAGUCGUUGGGCCUAACACGGCUUCGGGCCAUGCUUCGCUCCUAUUUGCUGAUGAGGUUCAGAUAAAGUACAUCUUGCAAUUGAUCAAGCCGAUUAUCAAAGGCAAAAUGAAGACUCUGGAGGUCAAAGCAGAAGCCACAGACGAGUACAAUAACUGGAUUCAGAAGCGCAUGCAGAACACUGUCUUCACAGAGUGUUUUUCUUAUUAUCGAGGAGAUGGCCGAGAUGGGCCCAAGAACAUCGCGACUUUCCCUGGAACCAUGCGAGUACCAGUGCAGAUGAAAUUAGUAGGGCUGCUGAGGAGAUAG